AUGGAUGUGGAGAAGGGACGUGGUCGUUCCAGGGGUCUGAGCACCCUGGAAAUGUAUCUGAUAUUUGUCUUUGUAGCGAUGACCGGCACCUGCAUCGGCCUUGUGGUCAUCUACUUCAUUGACAAAGGUGGCUCUUCCACUAAUACAGAAGGACCCAGCUCAGGGUGUGAUGGUCCUCAGGAGCUGUCUGGAGAGUCCGGCACCUUCACCAGCGCGAACUACCCCAGCAGCUAUGACAAUGGCCAAAGCUGCACUUGGCAGAUCACUGUGAACCCAGACAAGGUGAUCCAUUUGUGGUUUGAGGAGUUUGCUUUGGAGGACACACAGCUCUGCACAGCAGACUUUAUCACACUGCAAGACUCACUGGGAAUCAUUGGUAAAUACUGUGGCUAUGAGAAACCAGAGCCACUGGUGUCACUGACAAACCACCUGACGGUCUACUUUGACACCAAUGACAGACAAACAGGCAGAGGAUUCAAGGCUCAUUACAAAGCUGUGGCUCCAGAGCUCACAUCGGAAAUAGCCGGAGCCGGUGGCUUUCUCCAAGGUGAUGAGGGGAAUCUGACAACUCCCGGCUUCCCAGAGCAGAACUACCCGAACAGAGCACUAUACCAGUGGAGAAUCACAGUACCUGAAGGUGAAAGGGUCCAACUGACGUUCACCUCUUUUGACUUGGUCCCUGAAGUCUGUGGAGACUUUGUUCAGGUCUAUGAUUACAACAGCGCCAGCCCUCAGCUAGCAGGUAAAUUAUGUGGGGGAAGUGUGCCGGCGCCGCUGGAAAUCGGCAGCAACGUGAUGGCUGUCCGCUUCAAAUCUGACAACAGUUUGACUUCAAAAGGAUUCAGUGCAACGUACAAGUCCAUCCCUCCUCCUGUUAGCACCACCACCACCACCACCACCACAACCACGACCACCACCACAACCAUGACCAUGACCACCACCACAACCACACCCACCACACAAACCCUAAUCCUUAAUGGACGUAAAGGAGUUAUUCAGUCCUCAGGUUUCCCAAAUCCAUAUCCUGCUCAUUUAUAUAGUUCCUGGAAGAUAUCUGUGUCCAAAGGAUUCCUGGUUAAGCUCCAGAUCACUGACAUGGCCAUCACAGGAGAGACUGGAAUGUGUAAGGAGGACAAACUGAUCAUCUCAGAUCAAUACAGCACUCUCGGUACACUCUGUGGCUACAUCCUUCCCCCAGUAAUGGUCAGCGCCAGUGACACAAUAUCUGUGACCUUCCAGUCUGACAGUCGCCUCACAGACCGAGGAUUCUCUGCCAAGUGGGAGGCUGUGUAUCCAGAGGAUAUCACAGAAAUCCAGGGUUGUGGCUUUUCUUCGAAGGAGGAAACCGGGGUUAUCAAGUCCCAGAACUGGCCUAUGAAUUACAAGGCCAACGCUGAGUGCAUGUGGAACAUCGUUGUGCCUUUGGGGGAAAAAAUCACGCUGACAUUCACCCACUUUGACCUCGAAGCCAAAGAUUUUCUAACGUCCAAAUGCUAUGACAACAUAAUGAUCUAUGACAUCAAUGAUCUGACUACUGCACUGAUUCAAAACUACGGUCCAUUUUGUGGGACUACGCUGCCUGAUUCCAUCCAGACAACAGGCAACAGGCUGGUGAUUCGUUUCCAUACAGACUUGUUAACUGAAGCUAAAGGCUUCAGGGCCUACUGGACAACAAACCCCAGUCUGCCUGCUCCAACUGAGCCACCUGUUCAGCCCAACCCCUGGGAUAGCAUCCCCAUAGACUGGCCCGGCUCAUGUGGGAAACCAGCCAUUCCUCCUGCUGUUGUGUCACGUAUUGUGAAUGGAGAGCCAGCCACACCACACUCCUGGCCCUGGCAAGUGUCCAUGCAGGUCUGGCCGGCCAGUCAGCCUGAACCCAGAUUCGCCCAUAUCUGUGGUGGUACUCUUAUUCAUAAGAACUGGGUACUUACAGCAGCCCACUGCUUUAUAAGAUAUGCAGAUGAGCUAGAGCGUUGGCGCAUGUGCCUCGGCAAACACAACCUGACCUACACAGAGCCGAGUGAGCGAUGCUUCAGUGUAUCUGGUAUCUAUCGCCAUGAGGGCUUCAAGUACCCCACAGUGCCCUCGGUGGAGUUUGACAUUGCCCUGGUCAGACUGGACGGGGAGGUGAUACCCACUGAUGAGAUAUCAUAUGCUUGCCUUCCCUCCAAGGAGGAAGUCCUACCUGGGGAGAAGAAGUGCUACGCCACCGGCUGGGGAGAUGAAACUGGUAAUUCCCUAAAUGCUAAAGCUGCAGAAGCUCUCAACCAGGUCGCCUUACCUGUGGUGCCUUAUGACACCUGUAAGAGGAUGGAUUACUGGUGGUUCCAGGUCAAGACUUCCAUGAUUUGCUGUGGUUAUGCCCUGCCUGAUGAGCUCAAGGCUGUUUGUCAGGGAGAUUCAGGUGGUCCCCUGGUUUGCCAGGACAAAGUCGGUGAUCCUUGGGAAGUUCAUGGUAUAACCAGCUUUGGCCCUAUUGGCUGCAUUAUGAAUAAGAAGCCCUCUGUGUUCACCCGCUCCUCUGCCUACAUCCCCUGGAUAACAAAUGUCAUCCGCAGAGACCUCUACAAUGAGCACACAUCUGGCUGUGGAGGGCCAAAGGACUUGACUGGAACAGGUGGCACUGUGUCCUCUAUGGGUUACCCUGACAGCUACAACAACAGAGCCCGCUGCCAGUGGAACAUCCAGGUGCCUGAAGGCAAACUGAUCCAUCUCCAUUUCCACAAUUUCUCUCUGGAGGAGAGUGAUUUGUGCCUAAAUGACAAAGUCAGACUCUCAGACAAAACAGGAAGUCUAGGAACCUACUGCAGUUACAUCCCUCCUGCAGACAUGGUGAGUGAUGGGAAUACACUUCACAUCAGCUUCUCAUCUAAUGACAAGGUGGUGGACACAGGCUUCACUGCCACCUGGAGGGCAGUGGACCCUACAGAGGCUCCAUGUGGAGGGAGUUUCAGCAGUGAUCAGGGUGAAAUUACUUCUCCUAACUGGCCUAAUGACUACCAAGCCCAGACUGUGUGCACAUGGCGCAUCAACAUUCCUUCAUCAAAAAGUAUUCACGUAGCCUUCACUCACUUUGAGCUGCAAGCUGUAAACCUGUUAGGAAAUUGUCUGGACUAUGUGGAGAUCUUCAAUGGUGAAACAAUGGCAUCACUCGGUCAAUUCUGCGGCUUUACCCCUCCACCGCUCAUCAACAUCCCUAGCAACACAGUCGUCAUCCGCUUCCUUAGUAACGGAGCCAGUCAAGAGAAGGGUUUCCGUGGUUACUGGACCACUGACACCAGCAUUAUUCCAACUUUACCUCCUCUGCCUAGUAAUCCAUGGGACAACAUCACUAUCAGUGAGUGUAGUGCUAAAGUGUAA